AUGUCCGCGUCACCUUCACAACCCACAAACUCGGCCAAGCGCCCUCUCGAAGAUGCUUCCUCACCCUCGGUGACCACCGAUCAGCCCGAGGCCAAGCGACCUGCUCUUGACAAGGUCUCCCGAAACGAAGACGAUGCUGAGGUUCCCGAGACGGCUUCCGCAGCUGCAGCCGAUGCGCCCGCUGCCGAAGCUGCUGAACAGAAUGGAAGCGAUAAUGCCGCUAGCAGCGCGACAGCUACGGAGACAACAGCGGAUAUGGCACUGCCUGAGUCUAAGGGAACAGCUGGACCAACCCCGACCGCCGCCGCGAGCACUGCCAACGCCCACGAUGAGACUUCCUGGAUCCACAUUCGUGCCGUCAUUUCGAGCCCCGAAGCUGCCACUAUCAUUGGCAAGGGUGGCGAAAAUGUCUCCAACAUUCGUAAGAUGUCAAAUGCCAAAUGCACCGUUAGCGACUACCAGAAGGGAGCUGUUGAGCGCAUCUUGACUGUCAGUGGCGUGGUAGACGCUGUGGCUAAGGCCUUUGGACUCAUUAUCCGCACACUGAACAAUGAACCCCUGGGAGAGUCAUCGACUGCAUCUUCCAAAACCUAUCCCCUCCGGCUCCUCGUCCCCCAUAUCCUAAUCGGAUCCAUCAUUGGUAAGGGCGGCGCUCGGAUCCGAGAGAUUCAGGACGCAUCUGGAGCAAGACUGAAUGCAUCGGAUGCAUGCUUGCCCAUGUCUAGUGAGCGCUCGUUGGUUGUUAUGGGAGUCGCUGACGCUGUCCACAUCGCCACUUACUACGUUGGCAGCACUCUUCUCGAGCAGCUUAAUGACCGGUUUGGCGGCCCUGCCGCCUCCGCGUACGCGACCCGAAGCGGUGCUCCGGCCGGAUCGAUUCCUGGCGGUAUGCAGGUUGUGCCUUACAGCCCUCAGAACUCUCCAGGCAGUUAUGGACGUGGAGAUAACUACUACCAACGCCAGCACGAUCGACGCGCCCAGCCACAGUUGCCUCCUGCCCCUUACGCCCAGCACUAUCCUCACGCCGGUGCGCACGCCAACCCUGCGAUCCCUGUUCAGUAUAGCGGUCAGCCUGCCGCAGCCUACGGAGCUGCUCCUCAUGUUCAGCCACAUGUGGGUGGCCACGCGGCUCCCCAACCCCAUGCUCAGGGCCAGCCGAUCCAGGCUGGUAUGCCUGGUGGCCCGAUCACGCAGCAAAUCUAUAUUCCCAACGACAUGGUGGGCGCCAUCAUAGGAAAGGGCGGGCAGAAGAUCAACGAGAUCCGUCAAAUGAGUGGCAGCGUCAUCAAGAUCAACGAGCCUCAGGACAACAGCAAUGAGCGACUUGUGACGAUCACAGGAACUGAAGAGUGCAACCGCAUGGCUCUGUACAUGCUCUAUUCUCGACUUGGUGAGGUUCAAAACAGAGCCAACGGCAACAACUAA